AUGGUGUGGCCAAUGCUUUGCUUUGGUUCUCAAAGACAAGACUGUGUAAAGCGAAAGCAACCGCUGUGUCCCUCUGUCAUCUCAGCAGCAGCAGUGGCUCCCAGUCCCACGGCUGCCCCGUGCGCUUCGCGGGACCUGAGCAGGUGGGACAAGCUCUUCAUCAUGCUGGAGGACUCCCACAUGAGGCAGAACAUGCUGCUGCAGCAGGUGGACGACAUGGUCCGGGUGCAGCUCCGCUCCCUGAGGGACGAGAUGAGGCACCUGGUGUCCUCCUCCGAGAGCAGCAGCAAGGCCUGCUGCACCAGAGCUCUGGAGGAGGGCAUCACCUGCUGCACAGCCCUGAGCAAGAGGAUGAGCCAAGGCUUCGAGCAGACCCAGCGACAGCUCCGAGAGGCCGAGGAGAGGUGCCAGAUGCAGAACAACACCACACUCCAACUGCUGCGGGAUAUACAAAGGACUCAGGCCGCGUGCCUGUCGAAGCUGGAGAGUGGCUACGGGCGAGGGACGGCUCUUCAAGUUCCCAUAAAGACAGUGGUGCCCACGCGUAUCAAGGAGCAGCAUGCAACACCAGCAGGAGGAACCAAGAUGGAGAUAACUCUCCUCGCCAUCGCGUCAGACCUCCAGAGGGUCCAGGCACAGUUGGCUGCACUUCAGCGUUCAUUAGUCUCUCAUUAGAUGCACAGAAAAUGUAAAAAUUAUGAAGCUCUGCUUAUCACAAUAAUUGUGACCAAAUGAAAGGCUGAAAUUGUAGUUCAUGUUAGCAGUGACAUUUCAUGCUUUAAAAUUGUUAUUUUUGUUUUGUCUGUAUUUCCUUCUUCAUGCUGUGAGUAAGCCCUGCUCUUCCCAAUGCCCACUAUAAAUGACUUUGCCACUGUAAAGCCUGACAUGCCAAUGGCCUUGAGCUCAUUCGCAGUCUCUGGGUUAAAGCGAGACAGAGAUACAGAUCAAAACAGUACUGUUCCCCUGUCGCACAAAAGAGAAUCCUCAAGAGCUCCAGAUUCUUCUAAAAAUGCGAUCUUCAAUGAACUGUUGGUGAUGCAUCUCGGAUGGCAGAGACAUGGAACAUGAUGAAGUGAAAGCCCAACUGGGAAACUCCAACUCCCAUUGUCAUUGUGACACAGCACUCCACAGCACACAAGUGUUCACUGCACGCUGCACACAACGAAAUUGCAUUUAUGCUUCACCUGUGAAAGGGGGCAGCCCCCAAUGGUGCCCCAAUGAUCAGUGUAGGACAGUGGAUGCACUCCCGCUGCACAUGUA